AUGUGGACCCGUCAGGUGUCCAACGUGACGCUGGUGUACCAGGCCACGGUGUAUGCCUCUAGGAAUCGUUUGUCCUUAUGCCGAUAUUUAAAUCGUCGUUGUCUCGCAUCAAGAAGCCAAGAUCGUGCUGAAGAAGUCGUUAGAAGCGUUGAGCAGCUUUGCCUGGAGCAGCGACAUUGUGCAACAACCGCACAACGUGCAAGUUCAACGUUUCAAAAUGGAUCGAACGAUAUGUCAGACCUUCAGAUGAUCAGGGGUAUGAACGCCUUUGCCAACUUGGGUUUCGUCAAUCAAACGUUGCUGGUCGUGCUGAAUGAAAGGUAA